UGAUUGUGCUUCCUGAUGUUCUCUGUGUUACAGUGAUACAGGGUCAGAAUGGCUGGGGAGUGACUUACACCUCUACUCAGAUCUGUGCUGUAAAAGGAUCAACGGUGGAAAUACACUGCAGCUACAGAUAUCCAUCCAGAAUAAAUGCUACAGUUGAGAGAACAUUCUGGUUCACUAAGUUGCAGGAUAAAGAGCCUGUGGAUCUGAGAACAGACUCAAAGUAUUCAGGUCGUGUGCAGUACAGGUGUCAUGAGAAGAGCUGCACUCUGAGAAUCUCAGACCUGAGAGAGAGCGACUCAGCUGAGUACAAGUUCAGGUUCAUAACAAACCAAGAUGUAAAAUAUUCUGGUUUACCUGGAGUCACUUUGUCUGUCACAGGUCUCCAGGUGCAGAUAAGUGGAUCAACAUCAUGCCUUUCUGAAACCUGUACAUGGGCAAAGCUGAAGUGUCACAACAGUUGUCGUCUCCCUGAUCAUUCUUCCUACAUCUGGUACAAGAAUGGAGAGAAUAUAAAUAAAGAAACAUCUUCUUAUUCAGACUACGUUUAUCCUACUGACAGCUAUUCCUGCGCCCUUAAUGCAUAUAAGGAUGUCCCCUCUCCUUCAGUGUGUGGCCAUGGACAUUCAUGCAACACAGUGACGUACACUGACAGAAGCGUCUGCGCCUUCACAGGUUCUUCAGUGGACAUUUCUUGCACUUACAAAAGUCUUAAAUCUAUCAAAUCAACAUUCUGGUUCAGUCCUGAACGUAGUCGUCGUUGGCAGAAUCCUUCCCAGCCUGAAGACCUUAGUACAGACUCCCAGUAUACAGGUCGUGUUCAUGUAGAAACAGAGAGAGGACGCUCCACUCUGAGAAUCUCUGACCUGAGAGAGAGAGACUCAGCUGAGUAUCACUUCAAGUUCAUAACACCAAACUUUGAAUGGAGGAGUAGUUUACCUGGAACAACUCUGACUGUCACAGAUCCAGAUCUGCAGGUGCAGGUGAUCUGGUCUUCGACUGGUCCAAAGCUGAUUUGUCACAGCAGCUGUCUUACUGACCGCUCUUCCUUCCUUUGGUACAAGAAUGAAAUAAUGAUUCAGGGAGAAACAUCUCCUUCUUACGGAGGUCACGUUGAUCCUGCAGACAGCUAUUCCUGUUCUUACCAGAGAUACCGCUCUACUCCAGUGUAUGCUCCGAAGCUUUUCUCUGUGUUGAGGACUCCCCCUGGUGACAUUAUGAAGAAUGAUUCAGUGACUCUGACCUGUAGCAGUGAUGCUAACCCAGCAGCUAAAUACACCUGGUACAAGGAGAACCAAACACUGCUCAGUGAAGAACCACAGCUCGUCUUCAGCUCCAUCCAGUCCUCUGACUCUGGACAGUAUUACUGUACAGCUCAGAAUGAGCUCGGGAGGAGGACAUCUGAAGCAGUAUUUAUUAAUGUGAAUUAUGGUCCAAAGCUUCCCUCUGUGUCAGUGAGUCCCUCUGCUGAGAUAGUGGAGGGCAGUUCAGUGAAUCUGACCUGUAGCAGUGAUGCUAACCCAGCAGCUAACUACACCUGGUACAAGGAGAACCAACAACUGCUUCAGGGACCAGAGAGCAUCUAUCAUUUCCCCUCCAUCAGCUCUGAGGACAGAGGCAACUACCAGUGCAAGUCUGAGAAUCAGUUUGGACGGACCAACUCUACGUCUCUAGUCUUAGAUGUCCAGUAUGGUCCAAAGCUUCCCUCUGUGUCAGUGAGUCCCUCUGCUGAGAUAGUGGAGGGCAGUUCAGUGAAUCUGACCUGUAGCAGUGAUGCUAACCCAGCAGCUAACUACACCUGGUAUAAGGAGAAUGAAGACUCACCAAAAGCAUCAGGACAGAUCUUCACCAUCACUGACUUCAGAGCUGAACACAGUGGGAAUUAUUACUGUGAAGCCCAGAACAGAAGAGGACGUCAGAACUCCACCUUACAUCUGAUUGUUGUAGCAGGUGCAUGGAAAUCAGCAGCUACAGGAACAAUCACAGCUGUUCUCCUGGUUAUCCUACUCCCCGCUGCCUUCCUGUGGAUCAGAAGAAAACAUAAGACGGUCACACAACAGUCUAAUGGUGGAGAGAGACCUGACAACAGAGCACAGAUAAACAUGGGUCCAGCUGCAACACAGAGACAACCAGCAGAACAGGAAGAUGACCUUAACUACUCCAGCAUCUGCUUCCCUCAGAACCAGGGAGACGCUCUCUACUCCAACAUCAGGCCACCUCAGCCCCGCAGGCAAACAGAGGAGCAGGACGAUGAUGUUGAUUACACCACUGUCAAAACGGAGAAUGGCAGUAGCGCCCCAGGGUGAGCAGCUCCUCUCACAU